AUGGAGACGAGCUGCAAGCGAUCAGGCUGUCCACCUCACUGUCUGGCAGCGCCAACAAGUCCGAGCGACAGGUGCUUAUGGGUCCUCCGCCCUCCCCCUACCCCUCUAUCGUUCCCUCCCCCACCCACCAACCCAACCUGUGCCACUACCAUGUUCGUGCGUUCAGGGUCGCUACUGUGCGUGGGUGAGGAGGAGCACGAUGGCCCAUGUGCGUCGUUACCGUGCAUGGGUGCGGUGGAGCAGGGUGGGCCAUGUGUGGGUUACCAAGGCCCCUGGACCUAUCUCCUCCCACUGGCUCUCUUCGUCCUAACUGCCAGCUGGAUCGCCGUUGGUGGGCAGUGCUUAGCUGGCAGCGACGUGCUGAUGUGGCGGUCGUUCUACGCCAUGCGGGACCGCGCGUGGCGGGCGCACUACCGGGAGAUGUUCAACUGGAGCAUCAGGGAGAUUCUGUGUUGCAUGGGACGGGCUAGACCCUGGGACGAGGUAGACGAUGAGGUGGACAUAGUGGCGUCACUACUGGGGGAUGUGAUGGCAUACAGAGCUGUGGGGGCCAGUCACCUGGAGCUGCUCGCAGGCCUCGCUCUUCUCCAAGCCAAUCGCCCACCGCCAGCUGUCGAUGCCCCCACCACCUCCUUGUCCUCUUCCCAACCCGCCCACCUUAACGCACUGCCAUCCACCUCCGCUGCCACCCCUCUCUCCUCCGCCACCCCCCUCUCCGCUGCCACUGCACCCUCUGUCUUUGACUCCCUCAACUCUAAUACCACCAGCAGCAGCAGCACUGCAGGCAGCAGCAUGAGGGGUAUUGACAGCAGCAAUGCAGGCAGCGGGCAUGGGGUUAGCAGGGUUAGCAGUGAGGGCAGCAGCAGUCAGAGGCUGGCGGAGGGGGGUCCGUUCCCCUCCCGCCCUGCCUCUGUUCCGAUAAGCCUUGUUGAGGAAGCUGCGGCUCUGCUGCCGCUUGCCAUUGCUGCCUACACGGGCCCGUUAUUGGACAUGGGCCGGUAUCCCUUCACCUUUGCAUGCGCGUGGGUGUGGAGACAAGGAAUGUUCUUUCCGUGGCAGCAGUCGAGGUACCCCGCGCUGCAAGGUGACAACUGGUGGAGGGGGCAUGCAUCUGCAUUCCUCAAGUACCUCCACCUGCCGCCCUCCUCUCUUAGGAAGGCGCGGGUCAGACAGGAGGCAGCAGGGCAGGCGGUGUACUUCGUGGUGGUGCUGCAUCAGCUGCGCCUGGUGGUGGUGGCAGUGAGGGGCACGGAGUCCCUAGAAGACAUGAUUAUCGACGGGCUGGGGCGGGAAUGCCCGCUCAGUGACGCGGAUAUGGGAGGGAUCGACAGUGAAGCUGAGCUUGGUGGUGGUGGCAGUGAGAGGCACGGAGUCUCUGGAUUGGAGGACAUUAUUAUUGAUGGGCUGGGGCGGGAGUGCCCGCUCAGUGAUGCGGAUAUGGUGGGAUUGACAGUGGCCCCUUUUCGGAUUCUGGGGAUUCAGCCUGCGGAUUGUUUCCCCCUGGGUCCGAGCUCCUCCCCCCCCGGGCCCCCCCUGGUGAUAGACAAACUGGUGCCGUACUUUGGCCAUGCGGGGGUGGUGACAGCAGCACUUCCAGCUUCCUCCAUUUCCCCCCUCGCCUCUCCCGUUCCAUUCCCCCCUAGGUCCGAGCUCCAUCCUCCCCUGGUGACGGACAGACUGGUGCCGUACUUUGGCCAUGCGGGGGUGGUGACAGCAGCACGCGAUUUGGCUCUGCAGCUUGAUAACAUGGGGGAUGGGGAAGACGAGGAGGGGGAGGUAGGAAAGGCAGGGAGUGUGGAGGAUGGGGGAGGGGAUGAAGAGGAGGGGUCGCUGCUGGGGCAGAAGGAGAGGAAGCGACCGAGAAGAGGCAUUCUGUCGGAGCUACUGGGUGAGGGCGGCGAGUGCGAGGGAUAUGGGCUGCGACUUGUGGGGCACUCCAUGGGAGGCGCAGUGUGCAGCCUCACUGCCAUCCGGUUGAGAAAGCGGUUUCCUGAGCUGCAGGCAAUAGGCUAUGGCUCCAUGCCCUGUGUGGACUUCGCCACUGCAUCUGCCUGCUCCAACUUCAUCACCACCUUUGUGUAUAACGACGAGUUCUCCCCACGAACAUCUGUAGCGUCAGUCAUGCGCCUGCGAGCAGCAGCGCUCCGGGCUGUAGCAGCCGACACGCGCGCAGGCGGGCUGCUGGGCACGGCUGUAGCGGCAGUGGGGCCGGGCGCGCAGGCAGGAUCAACCGGAAUGAGGGCUGCAGCAGUGGAUCGGCUAUUGUCUCGCCUCUUCACUCUGCCGUUUGGGAUAGGGCGCGGGAAUGAAGCUCGUGCUGGCAGCAGCGACGCUUCUGGGAGGAGGGAUAGUGAUGGGAGCGGAUUCAAAGGAAACAACGAGGAAGCAUCUGUUGCUUCGUCAGCUAAUGCCACCUCUCCUGCUGCUGCCGCCUCUCUCGUUCGUGCUGCCUCUCCUGCUGAUACUGCCUCUAAUGAUGCAAGUGCUGGGGAGGGUGACUGCAGGGAAGACAACAGUGCAGCAGAGUCCCAGCAACAGAAUCACCAUUACCACCACCAGCAGCAGCAGCAGCAGAAUCACAAGGCAGCAGCAGCAUCGCCCCACAAGCUCCCUCCCUUGCAUCACGGGCGCAUGAAACGGUCCCUCUCUCUCCUCUCCCACCUCCCCCGCCGCAGCAGCAGCGCCAACGACGUUGCACUUGCUGCAGCCGAUGCUGAUGGGGGUGGCAGUGGCGGCAGCAGUGGCGGUGGCUGGAGUGGUGGCCUUCACUGGGGUGGGAGUGGAGGAGGAAGAGGGAACCAAAGGAGCGGUGCUGCUGGUGGUGCUGGUGCGAGGAGGAGUGCGAGUGGCGGUGCUGGUAACCGCAUGGGGGGGGGUGUUACAGAUGUCAGGAGCCCGCCGGCUUGGCUGGUGGAGCAGGAGCAGGAGUUCCCAGGGGAGGUGUAUGUGCUCGGCAAGGUUGUGCAUAUAGUGAGGGAAGAGGUUCGACCUGCCACGUCAGUAGUGCGGACAGUGAAGGAGGAUAAGGCUGCCACAUCAGCAGUGCAGACAGUGCGGGAGGAUAAGGGUGCCACGUCAGCAGCCGGUCCGCCUGAUGCUGACGCAGCGCCUGUGAGGAUCGAUGUGGGCAAUGGGAAUGACGGUGCGAUCUGCAUUGAUGUUAUAGAAGGUGAUAUUAACGAAGGUGAUCGAAACGGAGGAGCCCGACAAAACGGGAACGAAUGGGCGAGAAGCAAGGAUGAGGGGCGUGAAGGGGUUGAGAUGGCACAUUCCCCGGCCAUGGCUCCCAAGAAAGGCGAUUCCGCCGGCGGAACGAGCGGCAAAGGCGGUAAAGCGGGGUCAGGCAAGCCGGCCGCCGCGGACCGAAAAAAGUUUUCCGUCAGCAGCAUAGUGGUGGAGGAGAAAGGUAAAGGCGAAAAGAAACCGUCCGUCGCCUCUUCCGGCGGCGGCGGCGGCGGCGGCGGAGGAAAGAAAUCGCGCGCUCCGCCGAGCAAAAAGCCGCAAGACGAUUACCUCGCGGGCGUCGAUCUCCCGCCGUCCGAUGACGAGGAGGAAGAAAUAAUGGACGGCGCAGAUGAUGGGGAGUUUGUUGAAGACGACGAUAUUGGCGGAUCCAAGGCGGGGAGGGGUCGCGGGCUUGUAACGGGGAUGGGUAGCUUGCAGAUGUCGGAUAAGCAAGCGAAGAAGAAGAAGGAGAAGGAGCUUAUGAUUGAGCAAGCCCAGGAAGAUGCGCGUAAAGAGGCUCUUAAAGCGGACGACGCUAACGCGUUUUCCGUCACUCUCGGUUCCCGAGUCGCGGAUGACCCUUCGGAAGACGCGGACGGCGCGGCGGGAACUGCGGCCGACGCGAACGUGCGGGAUAUUAAAGUGGAGAACUUUUCGGUCUCGGCGCGUGGGAAGGAACUAUUCAGGAACGCGUCGCUAACUAUCGUCCACGGAAGGCGGUACGGGUUAGUGGGUCCUAACGGCAAGGGUAAAUCGACGGUGAUGAAGCUGCUUGCGCGGCGGCAGCUGCCGGUGCCACGUGGCAUUGACGUGCUCUUAGUGGAGCAGGAGGUGGUUGGGGACGAAAGAUCCGCGUUAGAAGCUGUCGUGACUGCAGAUCUGAAGCUGGUGAAGUUACGCGAGGAAGAAGCGCGGUUACGAGCGAUUUUGGAUAAAUAUUCGCAUGCGGAAGGGGAAGGGGAGAAGGGGACGAGAGGAGGCGGAGAAGGGGAGGAAAAGGAAAAGCAGGGAGAGAGUAGCGAAACGGCGGAAGAAACGGCGGAGAGUGGGACGACAGGGAAGGGGAAAGGGAAAGGGAGGAAGAAGGGCGCGCAAGCAGCAGCAGCUGCUGCUGCUGCCGCCGCCGCCGCCGCAGCCGCGACGGCGGAGGAGGAGGAAGACGAGGCGAGCGCAAGCGAGAAGCUUGCGCACGUGUACGACGAGAUGCGGGAGAUCGGCGCGGAAGCGGCGGAAGCGCGCGCGUCGAAGAUCCUCGCGGGUUUAGGGUUUACAAAGGAGAUGCAGGCGCGGUCGACGAAAUCGUUCUCUGGGGGGUGGCGCAUGCGAAUUUCGCUCGCGCGCGCGCUUUACGUGCAGCCGACGCUGCUGCUGCUGGAUGAGCCUACUAAUCACCUGGAUCUUAGGGCGGUCUUAUGGUUGGAGGAGUAUUUGAUGAGGUGGAAGAAGACUUUAAUCGUCGUGUCGCACGAUCGCGACUUUCUUAACUCGGUCUGCACGGAUAUUAUUCACCUGCACGACGAGAAGCUGUUCUUCUACAAGGGUAACUUCGAGGGGUUUGAGGAGAUGUACGAACAGAAGCGGCGGGAGAACAACAAGAAGUUUGAGGUGUAUGAGAAACAGCUCAAGGCGGCCAAGCGGUCCGGGAACAAGCAGAACCAGGACAAGGUGAAGGACCGGGCCAAGUUCAACGCACAGAAAGAGGCUCGGAAGGGCGGCAAGAAGAGCGCCAGCUCAGCCGGCGAUGCGGACGACGACACGCCAGCCGAAGCCCCCAAGAGAUGGCGGGACUACGCCGUCGAAUUCCAUUUCCCUGAACCCACCGAACUCACACCGCCUCUGCUCCAACUCAAAGAAGUCUCCUUCUCGUAUCCCAACCGGCCGGAUUUCGCGCUUUCUGAGGUUGAUGUAGGGAUAGACAUGGGGACGCGGGUUGCGAUUGUCGGGCCGAACGGGGCGGGGAAGUCGACGCUGCUGAAUUUGCUCGCGGGGGACCUGCAGCCGACGCAGGGGGAGUCUAGGCAGAGCCAGAAGCUUCGGAUCGGGCGGUACUCGCAGCAUUUUGUGGACCUUCUGGCGUUUGAUGAGACUCCAGUGGAGUAUUUGCUCCGGUUGUACCCGAACCAGGAGGGCCCGAGCCGGCAGGAGGCGGUUCGGAGCAGGCUCGGGAAGUUUGGGCUGCCGAGCCACAAUCAUCUGACGCCGAUCGUGAAGCUGAGCGGAGGGCAGAAGGCUCGGGUGGUGUUUACGGCGAUCAGCAUGGCCCGACCGCACAUUCUGCUUCUGGAUGAGCCGACAAACCAUCUGGACAUGCAGAGUAUCGAUGCUCUGGCAGAUGCAUUAGACGAAUUCACCGGAGGUGUGGUGCUGGUGUCUCACGAUUCGCGCCUCAUCUCGCGCGUGUGUGACGACGAGGAGAGGGCAGAGAUCUGGGUCGUGGACGAUGGCACGACCAAGAAGUUUCCGGGAAGCUUCGAGGAUUACAAGCAGCAGCUGAUCAAGGAGAUUAUUGCGGAG